GGAUAUUGAACCCGUGGGAUCGGAACCUUGAAGUCGAAAAAGAUACCGUUUUGUUCCUUCAUAGAGAAACAAGAUGUCAAGAAAAACACAGUUCCGAUGGAAAUUUCGAAUUUCGAUGGCUUCGGAUGCAUUCCCGUUCCUCUCACAAAACCCAUUUGAACAACAACUCAAACCAAACAUCAACAACAAAAYACAAUGAAGUCCGCCAUCUUUGCCUCCCUCAUCGCUUCGGCCGCCGCCUUUGCCCCUGCCAACAAGGCCGCCACUUCCACCGCCAUCAAGGCCUUCGAAGACGCCCUUGGAUCCCAGCCUCCUCUUGGAUUCUUCGAUCCCUUGGGACUUGUUGAGGACGGUGACCAAGAAAAGUUCGACCGUCUCCGAUACGUCGAGAUCAAGCACGGACGCAUUUGUAUGCUUGCCUUCCUCGGACAGAUCACCACCCGCUACGGAGUCCACCUUCCAGGAGACAUCGACAUGUCCGGUGACUCCUUCGACUCCUUCCCCAACGGAUGGGCCGCCAUUGCCGGACCCGACGCCAUCCCUUCSGCYGGACUUGCCCAGAUUGUUGCCUUUGUUGCCGCCCUUGAACUCGGUGUCAUGAAGGACAUUGAGGGAACCGGAAACGAGUUCGUUGGUGACUUCCGCAACGGAUCCCUCGACUUUGGAUGGGACACCUUCGAUGAGGAGACCCAGCUCUCCAAGCGUGCCAUUGAGCUCAACAACGGACGUGCCGCCAUGAUGGGARUUCUCGGACUCAUGGUCCACGAACAGCUCGGAGGAUCCGUCCCAAUCGUUGGAGAACUCUAAGCAACCGAACGUGUUUUCGUUUCAUGCCGUYUUGAGUUGUUCGCUCGGUCAUUCGCGUGCAUUGCCUGCCGUGUGGCGUGACGUGACGUGACGCGACGUGACGCGACGCGGGUGCCGAUCUCGAGAACAAACCAACCCGUCGAGAGGGUUUGUUUUGCACGAUUGCUAGUUUGCUUGUAGCCAUUUAUCUGGCCAUAGCCAUCUAGCAACUGCUUGCUUCCGGUCGAGUAAUACGAUCUAGAAUAAAURCAUUAGACUUUCGCAGUUACUCCCGAAACAACGUCUUGA